CGAACAACAGUAUCUUUCUGACUUCGGUGAGUGUAAAGUAAAAUAUUAAAAGUGAAAAAUGACUGGUCGUGGUAAAGGUGGCAAGGGCUUGGGAAAAGGUGGCGCAAAGCGUCAUCGCAAAGUGUUGCGUGAUAACAUCCAGGGUAUCACGAAGCCAGCUAUCCGUCGUCUAGCUCGUCGUGGCGGUGUGAAGCGCAUCUCUGGUCUUAUUUAUGAGGAAACUCGUGGUGUGCUGAAGGUUUUCUUGGAAAACGUUAUCCGUGAUGCAGUCACAUACACCGAACACGCCAAGAGGAAGACAGUCACAGCCAUGGAUGUUGUGUACGCUCUGAAGAGGCAAGGCCGCACUCUGUACGGUUUCGGCGGCUAAGAAAAUUUGUAUCUACUACAAAAUACAAACUUAAAAUCCACAUCAAUCGGUCCUUUUCAGGAC